UCUCCACUCGUGUUCUUCAAAAGAAGGGAAGGCAAGAUGAAGAGCUCUUUGUUGCUGUGCAUGGCCUUGGCCGUCUCCCUGGGGUUUGUCCUCGUGGCAGGUUUUCCAAGGGACCCUGAGGAUAAGGAGCACGUGCUGGUCAAUAACAAGUGUCAGUGUGUAACAGUGACAGCGAAGUUUGUCCGCUCCAAGGAAAACCCCGAAGAAGAAAUCCUGGAGAGAAACAUCCGCAUCCUAGUGCCCCUGAAGGCUCGAGAGAACAUCUCUGACCCCACCUCCCCACUCAGAACCACUUUUGUCUACCGCAUGACCGAACUCUGCCAAAGAUGCGAUCCUGUGGAAAUUGAGCUGGGUGGUGAGAUAUACCAGGCCCAGCAGAGCAAUUCCUGCAAUGAACCCGAAACCUGCUACACCUACAACAGGGACAAGUGCUACACCACAACCUUCCCAUUCCUCUACCGUGGGGAGAUGAAGAACGUUCAAGCAGUUCUGACGCCAGCAUCCUGCUACGCAGAUUAG